GUCGGCACCUCAACAAACAGCCGACCAAAUCUUCUUUUACCGAUGUAUACUCUACUAGGAGUUAACAGGUUUAAGUUGAGUAGUUUAUAGCUUCAAUCUACUAUUCUACGGCAGGCCACAUAAUGUUUUGGCACUCGCUCGGCGCCGUCGCUUUGCUCCGCUAACUAAAAAUAUAGGUUUGCUGGCUACAGUCUAGGAGGAGGUCACAGUUUUAAAGAUAAGUCAAAUUAUUUGUGUUGUAAAACAUGAUAAUUAUCGCAAACAUAAAUCAAAAUGAAUCAUACGAGGAACAUGCUGAAGAUGGCACAUAAGUCCAAUAUUUGAGAAACUUGGCCCAUAAUAUCUACUUAUAACUGUAAAUUACAUUAUACAAAAACACAAAAUAAUUUAUAAGUGGUAUCAGAAUAGAGUUUUCUUGUUAUUCUUUUUGAAAAAUGUCUAUACCUAUAUUCCCGCGCACGCGCAUAUGUUAUCACGGCGGUCGGUGAUAUAAUUGAUACCCGACUGGUCGAGGAUAUAGACAAAGUGUUUAAUAUAAUAUUACAUUUUAUUUAAAAUAAUAAGGGAUAUUUAAAUUACCUAUCUACCGUCAUGUUUAUGAUCUAAUCAAAGGUUUUUUAAAAAUUUUUUAAGUUUUACGUAUUAAUGUAAUUACAUUUUAUAAAUAUAUUAAAAGUAGUACAAAUGUACAAAACACUGUACAAAUUUCACAGUUUAGAUAUUAAAAUUAUAAAUAUUCAAAUGCUUCUCAAAAAAUAUUGUUCAACGGUCAAUUAUAUUCAAGGACAAUCUCCAGAAAACAAAAUAAGAGAAUAUUUUUAUUUCAUUGAUCAUCAGGGAAUGCUCUUUUUGGAUGACAGUAAAAUGAAAAAUUUUACAUCAGCAUAUAAAGAAAUUGAUUUUAUAGUAUUUUUCUUCAAGCGUCUUCGACGAAAUACCAUCAGCCGUUACAAUGAACACUUUCCUUGGCUUUCAUUGUGUGGUAGAGAACGCAAUUAUGUUCGAUGUGAUGAUUAUCCAGUUGUGUUUACUCAUAUAAUCGAAGAUGAAAGUGGCCUUUUAUUCUGUCACAACCACGCAGGUUCUAAAUUGACAGUACCAUUUCAACCUAACAAACUCUGGAUGAAUGUAGAAAAUGGUCGCGUCUAUCAUCCGGCAAGUGAAAAAUACGGUUCAGUGGGACUAGUAUCAUCAAAGGCUGCUAUAGAAUUAAGUAAAAAGUUUUUGUAUGCAAAAAAGGAUCAGUAUAUGCCAACUCAUUUUGUUUGGAAUGAUGUAAAACAUGUUCUUGAUCAAGACUGGUUUAAGAGUUUAAAAUUAAAAACAAACUGAGUGUGGACAAAUUUGUUGCAUUUAUAAGAUAGUGAAAAUGUAUCGUUGAAAAUGUAGUUUCGUUAAUUUUAUUAAUAAUGUUUUAAUUAUAAUGUUAUCAGUUA